CCGAUUCGGUACUGUACCGCGUCCGAGUUCUACCGGGUGUAAUCGAUCGUCGGCAGUUUUUUUUUUCUCUGGAGCUACCUGAAAAAUGUUCUGAAGAACGUACCGAGACGUUGAGAGCCUGGCGAGUGCCGCGAACUUCCACGCCGAGACCGCAGAAUGCACCAGAAGUUAUACAAGAAGUACUUUCCACAAUGGAUCCCGGCGCGGUUGCUGAUCGGCGUGAUGAUGUUCACGGCCUGUUGGACGAGCUACAUGUGUCGUCUGCAGAUGCCGAUCCUGGUGGUGCCGAUGAUAAAGGCGGUUGCGGGUAACGCAACGGGUGGCGCAUGCGCGGCCGAGGAGAAUCGCGUGCGUCGCGCGAUAUCCUGGCUGGACCCAAUCGCCGAUCUGGAGGACCAGAUCUUGAACGAGCGGCUCGAAGCUGCCCAGAAUUUCGAGCCCCCGGCGAUUUUCAAUGGUCGUUUCGCUCGCGAGGCGCCUCACUUGCGCGAUGCUCGUCCCCACGACGCGCCUGUAGAGCUUUUCAACGGUAUGCCUUUCGACUGGCAGCCGCAGGUUCGAGGGCAGCUGAUAGCCGCCUACAGUUACGGAAACGUUCCUGGCAACUUCCUGGGUGGCCUUCUGACUCUACGCUGGGGCGCCAAAAAGUCGAUCCUCUGGACGUCCCUGUUGGCCGCCAUAGUGUCCCUGAUCAGCCCGAUAUUCGCGCAGCUUCAUUGGGGUGUCCUGCUGUUCACGAGGAUCGUGAUUGGCCUCACCGGCGGCGUCACGUUCCCGGCGUGUCACUCGCUGGUCGCCCAAUGGUCGCCGCCCGACGAGAAGGCGCGGUUCGUUUGGUCGUUGCUCGGCGGCACCUUCGGAACCAUCCUCACGUACCCCAUGGUGGCGGGCAUCGCGGAAUCGAUGAACUGGGAGAGCGCGUGGUACAUCCCGUCGUUGCUGAUGUUCGUCUGGAUAAUCUUCUGGGCGAUAUUCGCCUACGACUCCCCCGCGGAACACCCUGGUAUCUCGGACGAGGAGAAGAAGUACAUUAUCGACUCGCAAGCGGGAACAGUGACGGCUACGAAACCCACGAUGAAGCAGACGCCGUUGAAGGAAAUAUUUACCUCGAUUCCAUUUAUUAGUCUGACUUUCUGUCACUUUGGAAAUCUCUUCCUCCUGUUCUUCUAUCAGAAUUCAAUGAUGCUGUAUUUAACGAAAGCUCUGGGAUUCCAUCUGACCAAGGGAGGGGCGGCUGCAAGCUUGCCCUGGGCCGGCAGACUGUUCUUUGGAUUCUUUUUCAGCUGGGCUGGCGACACUAUCAAGCGGAAACAAUUGGUCUCCGUCACCAUACUUCGCAAGGGUGCUACUGUCUUCUCUCAUCUGAUCCCUGGUAUAUUUCUCAUACUGGUCGGCUACGUGGGCUGCAGAUUCGUCCUGGCGAACGUGUUUCUGGUGCUGGCGUUAGGCUUCAACGGAGCGGCCUCUAUCUCGAACUUGUCGAACAAUCAGGACCUGUCGCCGAACUUCGCCGGCUUUUUGUACGGUAUCAUGAACACGGUCGGUUGCGCGUCCGGCAUAAUUAUUUCACCGAUGGUGGAGGAGAUUGCUGGAAAAUACGGGAACCCUAUAGAGAAAUGGCAAAUAUUGUUCUGGAUCGGCGCGGCUGUUUGUAUAGUCUGUAUGGUCAUCUUCGUCCUCGGUGGUAGCGGAAACAUACAGAAGUGGAACGAAAUUCCAGCCGAAGAUACGGAAAGAAACCGCGCGAGAAAUUGAUUGUUUCGAAGAAUGCUUUUUAAACGUUUUAUCGAUGCUACGUCGCGCAGUUGCGUGAAACGAAAGUGAAGGCUAGAGAGAAAUGUUAGGUUUGAAUUUAGUUAGGUUAGAAUUGCGAAGCAACCGAUCGAACGUUUGCUGUUGCAUAAAUUACGGUGGGAUUUAUUACCAGACUAUUUUAGGGAACCAUUAACAAAGGAUAGUCGUCUAAACGACAGCACAUUGUAUAUACAUAUUUUUACAAAUCUACCGAAACCCGCGUGUAUUUUAACAUUUUUUCAUAAUACACGCGAAAUUUAUAGUACAAGACAUUGUUCAUGCGAUUUCAUAUGACAAACAUUGUAUACCAAAUAAUAUUCUUUAUUUUCUAUGUGAUUUAGAACGUUGUAUAAUAAAUAACUAUGUGAUACUUGAAUGUUUCGUUAUCGAAUAAAUACGUUUUAAUCGAAAUUGAGAUCUUUGUGUUUAUUACCUGUUCAUAGAGAUAAUGUUCAUUUUCCUGCAACGUCGCUGUACGCGAGAUCGUCGAUAUAACAAUGAAAAUAAAGUAUUUAUACGAACACUUAAGGGGCCUUUCUACUUUGUGGGAUUUAAUAAAAUCGAAUUUUUUUUUUU